AUGGCAGACCAACUCUCAUCGAUCACUGAAGCGGCCCCUAUCAGAGACUUGUCAACGCCUCCAUUGCCUAGGGCAAAACGACGGAAGACGCAGCAAGCGUGUAGUAAUUGCCGGGGCCGGAAGACGAAGUGCGAUGGACAAUAUCCCAUCUGCGCUGCCUGCGAGAGACGCGGCGUAGCUAUGACAUGUGUUUAUGAGCGUCCACAACCUGCGCCGCAUUCACAAAGGUAUGCGGAUCUGGAAAGCCGACUACAACGAUUGGAGCAAGGCGAGAACAGUGAACGGCCGAGUGUGUCAUUGGACAUUAGAAGUUUGCAGCCUCCCCGCUUUGGUCCAGAUAUAAACCUAGCAGAUGAUGAUUCUUUACCUCCAAGCAAUGCGAGUGGUAUCGUCGGUCACGAUGAUUCCCCACAUAAUCUUGCUCAUCAGCAGGUCGACGCAUUGGCCACUGUUUCUCCUGACGACAAUGGCAGUUGUGUUUAUGGCGAAUCUUCUACUAUUGCCUUCGUACGAGAAUUUACUCAAAAGACUCCGUCGGAUAGCACCGCGGCGCAGCACAAACAUCAAAGUGGCCAGGCUGCUCAUGGGUCCGCUCGGGUGCAGUCACCUGCUGUGCUUACACCGCUUGACAUAUCUUUAGGGAGUAAAGAUAAUCUUGCUAUCCUCCCUCGUCGUAGCAAUGCAGACGACUUUCUGCGUUGCUAUUUCGAGUUUAUUCAUCCGCUGUUUCCGCUCCUUCACAAAGACUCAUUUAUCGCACAGUAUAACCGACUGUGGCUCCCUUACGACAAUUCGCAGUCUGGCAAAGAGGAUUUAGUAUUCAUGUGUAAUCUGAAUCUUGUCUUUGCUUUAGGGUGCCAAUUCAGUAGCCUGGCUCAUACAAAUAACAGAGCUUCAACCGCAAAUCAAUUCUAUAAAAUGUCCCGACAAGUAUUGCUCUAUGAUAUUUUGGGCACAACCUCGGUGUCGGUGGUACAGUGGCUUCUUUUGAGCGGAGUGUAUCUCCAAUCAACAGAAUAUGCAAGCCACUGCUGGAACUCAAUAGGACUUGCUAUUCGCCUUGCACAAAGUCUGGGACUACAUCUGGAACAUCCGGGUUCAAAAUCGGAGAGCCAGCUCAACCGAGAAAUGAGACGGAGAAUCUGGCAUACCUGUGUUGUUUUAGACAAACUGUUAGCUAUGACUUUCGGCCGUCCAGCUAUGGUGAAUAGGUCUUACGGUACUCCAAUGCCUUCUUUGAUUGAUGAUGAAUAUCUGCGCACAGAUGGUGAUGGCGUCCAACCAAACGGAGCGAACUCCCGAAUGGGCCUGUUUGUGUAUUCCUGCAAGCUUUUCGAAGUCUUGGACGAUAUAUUGUCAACAUUCUAUUCAGUCGACGCUUCUGCGGACCCUGUUUCUGAAUCUCGCUUGCAAGACAUGGUAUCAGAAGUGCUAAGUUUCAACCGCCGCUUAGACAACUUUAUCACUUCGUUACCUGACUAUCUUAGAACAGCACAAAGUUUCCAGGUCGUUAUGACGGAGAGAAAUAGCUGGACAAAUCUUCAGCAACAAGUCCUCUAUUGUCGAUUCCUAUAUACUAAACUAUUGUCUUUACGCCCCUUGCUGCUCUUGGCGACAAAGCGAGGUCCAAAAGAUGCCGUAGUGGCCUCGACAGAGGAGAAUUUAUCGUUACUCGACGAUUAUAUCAUUAGCCGUUAUUGCGAUCUUUGCAUUAACACAGCGCAUCGCCUGAUUGAGACAAUUUUUGAGCAUCUGGAUACCGCUUACAAAAGCUUUGGUUGGCACUCGGUAUAUUUUACAUUUGCCGCUGCCACCAUUCUCCUCGCUUCCAUGAGACUACCAGAAGGGAACAUCCAAACUGCGUCACGUGCGAUACAAGUUUUGGAAGCUCUCAGAUGUCAGAUCCAUGGAGGACAUCCCGAAGAGACUGACACGCGGAGCUCCAUCGAUGAUACGCCAGUCAGCGAUGAGCAAAUGAAAACCGAGAUGCCUUUAGACUUUACCAACCAACUCGACUUCAGCCAGUUCAAUCCUUUCGGAAGUUAUAAUCUGUAUGAUGCUUGGUUCGGCCAGCACCUCAUCAACUUAGAUGCCUUGGAGAUGAGUUGA